CAUCAUGGAAAGAUUCAAGUUUCUGGUUUUGCUCUUAUGGGUGUGUGGAUGCACGGCACGAAAGGCACAACAAAGCCUGCAGAGAAACCAAAGAGAAGAUGCUGUGCUUACCUCAUGUGACUUUAAUCGGGAUAGUGAGCCAUUCUGCAGCUUCACUCAGGACGCCUCAGAUAACAGUGACUGGACCCGACAUAAAGGUUCAACACCGACACCUGGCACCGGCCCCCCUGGAGACUACCCUGAUGGAAACGGUUAUUAUAUCUACCAUGAGUGUGACAAUGUGGCCAAUGGACAAAAAGCUCGUCUGCUGAGCCCCGUCAUCUCCUCACCAGCAUCUAAGAUCUGUGUUCAUUUCCGGUACUACAUGUAUGGAUCCGACGCAAACAACGUGUUGAAGGUUCUGUCAAAAACAUCCGCCGGUGAGAACGAGGUCUGGAAAAAGACAGGCAUUCAGAGUCCGUCCUGGUUGGGAGAUUCUAUCACCGUGUCCAAAGCAAGCAGUGAGAGUGUUACUAUUGUGUUUGAGGCUCAAAGAGGCCUCACUUCAUUCUGUGACUCAGCUCUGGACAACAUAGUGAUUACUGAGGGAGGAUGUGAUGCUUGUGACUUUGAAUGUGACUUUGACACUCCGGGCAAUCUGUGUCGGUGGACAGUUCACAACGACAAUCCACUUCUGUACGGUUUUUUUCAAUAUUCUGGGCCAACAGAGACAGAAGGCACCGGACCUGAUGAUGACUUCUCAAAACCUGGAUUAGGAGAAUACAUGUUGCUGGAUUCUUCUGAGGCUAUCCCUGGAGAGAGUUCUCAACUCAGGAGUCCUGUGAUUCCAUUCACCUCUGGAUGUUUGGAACUCAGCUUUCAUUACUACCUGUAUGGCACCAGCACAACCAUGGAAAUCCGUGUCCAUGCCAUCAGAGCAGGUGGAAACCUUGGAAACCCAGUAUUUACUGUCACGGGUAACCAGGGUCAGGGCUGGAAACCUGCAGAGGUUCGCCUGAAGGGAACUGGGAACAUUCAGUUUGUAAUUGUUGGCAAGUACGGUGAAACACCGCAGACUGAUGUUGCUGUUGAUGCUGUAUGCAUCAAGUCCUGCACCGCUCAGCCAACAACACCCAAACCACCAACUCCAAGACCAACUACACAAAAACCACCAACUCCAAGACCAACAACACCCAAACCACCAACUCCUAGACCAACUACACAAAAACCACCAACUCCAAGACCAACAACACCCAAACCACCAACUCCAAGACCAACUACACCCAAACCACCAACUCCAAGACCAACAACACCACCAAAACCGUGUCCACCUAAUGCAGAGUACAUAGAUUGUGGUCCAGCUUGUAUCCCUACAUGCAUGGAACCUUCCACCAACUGUUCUGGCUCCUGCAUCAGUGGAUGCUUCUGCAAACCUGGAUUUGUCUUCAAGGGCCGAAAGUGUGUUCCUCUGGAUAAAUGUGGCUGCUUGGAUGAUGACAAGAACUAUUAUGAGCCUGGUGAGCUAGUAUCAGGAGAUGGAUGUUCAAAGUUGUGUCGCUGUUUGGGGAACUACACUUUUGAAUGUGUUGAUAACUCCUGUGAUCCAACUGAAGAGUGUCGAGAGGUUGAUGGGGUUUCUAGCUGCUAUCCUAAAGGUACAUCAACAUGCAUAGCAUCUGGAGAUCCUCACUACACAACCUUCGACAAACGCAAAUACAACUUCAUGGGCAACUGCAGCUAUCUGAUGUCUUCACCUUGCAACACCACAAGUCUGCCGUACUUUGAGGUCCAUGCAGACAACGAACACCGAUACAACAGGCCCACCAUCUCCUAUGUCAAGGCUGUACAUGUAUAUGUGUACAAGAUGAAGAUCUCCAUUCUCAAAGGUGGAACUGUGCAGGUGAAUGGGACCAAUGUAAACCUUCCAGUGAGUCCAUCCCCUGGUGUCUCUGUCUUCAAGUCAGGAAUACAUUACACCGUGUCCACAAACUUUGGCUUAACUGUUCGCUAUGAUGGAAACCACUUCAUGGACAUCAAAGUGAUCAAGGACUAUGAGGACAAACUGUGUGGACUGUGUGGAGAUUACAAUGGAAACACUAAAGACGACUUCCGUAAACCAGAUGGAUCCUUGACAAGCAAUCCAAAUGACUUUGGUCACAGCUGGAACAUUGAUCCACAGUGUAAUCAGAAACCUAACACCACCAUUCCUGGAUGUGAUCAAGAAGAGGAGGAACUUUAUGAGAGCUCUGGAUACUGUGGCAUCCUGCUGGAUAAAAACGGCCCCUUCGCUGCAUGCCACCCCAAAGUCAACCCAAACAAUUACUUCAGGGACUGUGUGUUUGACUUGUGUGAACUGGAUGGAGCCAGACCCAUUCUGUGUGAAGCUAUUGAGGCCUAUGUCACUGAGUGCCAGGACCGUGGAGUCGCCAUUGGAGCCUGGAGGAAUGAAACUUUUUGUCCAUUGAACUGCAGCAGUAACAGCCACUAUGAGCCCUGUGCUGACCCCUGUCAGGAGACGUGCUCUGGAAAACCUUCCUCCUGUGGCGGACCGUGUUCUGAGGCGUGUGUGUGUGAUCCUGGUUAUGUGCUAAGUGCUGGCAAGUGUGUCCCAAGUAAUACCUGUGGCUGCAAUCACACAAAUGGCCAGUAUUAUGAGCCUGGAGAGGAGUUCUAUGUGGACGACUGUCAACUGAAGUGCAAGUGUAAUGCUCCAUUUGUUUCCUGUGUGGCAUCAGAGUGUCCCCCGAUGCACGAGUGCAAAGUGCAGGAUGGAGAGUUGGGCUGCUAUCCUAAACCAACUCCUCCACCAACUAAACCACCAACUCCUCGUCCAACUACACCUCCAAAACCGUGUCCACCUAAUGCAGAGUACAUAGAUUGUGGUCCAGCUUGUAUCCCUACAUGCAUGGAACCUUCCACCAACUGUUCUGGCUCCUGCAUCAGUGGAUGCUUCUGCAAACCUGGAUUUGUCUUCAAGGGACGAAAGUGUGUUCCUCUGGAUAAAUGUGGCUGCUUGGAUGAUGACAAGAACUAUUAUGAGCCUGGUGAGCUAGUAUCAGGAGAUGGAUGUUCAAAGUUGUGUCGCUGUUUGGGGAACUACACUUUUGAAUGUGUUGAUAACUCCUGUGAUCCAACUGAAGAGUGUCGAGAGGUUGAUGGGGUUUCUAGCUGCUAUCCUAAAGGUACAUCAACAUGCAUAGCAUCUGGAGAUCCUCACUACACAACAUUCGACAAACACAAAUACAACUUCAUGGGCAACUGCAGCUAUCUGAUGUCUUCACCUUGCAACACCACAAGUCUGCCGUACUUUGAGGUCCAUGCAGACAACGAACACCGAUACAACAGGCCCACCAUCUCCUAUGUCAAGGCUGUACAUGUAUAUGUGUACAAGAUGAAGAUCUCCAUUCUCAAAGGUGGAACUGUGCAGGUGAAUGGGACCAAUGUAAACCUUCCAGUGAGUCCAUCCCCUGGUGUCUCUGUCUUCAAGUCAGGAAUACAUUACACCGUGUCCACAAACUUUGGCUUAACUGUUCGCUAUGAUGGAAACCACUUCAUGGACAUCAAAGUGAUCAAGGACUAUGAGGACAAACUGUGUGGACUGUGUGGAGAUUACAAUGGAAACACUAAAGACGACUUCCGUAAACCAGAUGGAUCCUUGACAAGCAAUCCAAAUGACUUUGGUCACAGCUGGAACAUUGAUCCACAGUGUAAUCAGAAACCUAACACCACCAUUCCUGGAUGUGAUCAAGAAGAGGAGGAACUUUAUGAGAGCUCUGGAUACUGUGGCAUCCUGCUGGAUAAAAACGGCCCCUUCGCUGCAUGCCACCCCAAAGUCAACCCAAACAAUUACUUCAGGGACUGUGUGUUUGACUUGUGUGAACUGGAUGGAGCCAGACCCAUUCUGUGUGAAGCUAUUGAGGCCUAUGUCACUGAGUGCCAGGACCGUGGAGUCGCCAUUGGAGCCUGGAGGAAUGAAACUUUUUGUCCAUUGAACUGCAGCAGUAACAGCCACUAUGAGCCCUGUGCUGACCCCUGUCAGGAGACGUGCUCUGGAAAACCUUCCUCCUGUGGCGGACCGUGUUCUGAGGCGUGUGUGUGUGAUCCUGGUUAUGUGCUAAGUGCUGGCAAGUGUGUCCCAAGUAAUACCUGUGGCUGCAAUCACACAAAUGGCCAGUAUUAUGAGCCUGGAGAGGAGUUCUAUGUGGACGACUGUCAACUGAAGUGCAAGUGUAAUGCUCCAUUUGUUUCCUGUGUGGCGUCAGAGUGUCCCCCGAUGCACGAGUGCAAAGUGCAGGAUGGAGAGUUGGGCUGCUAUCCUAAACCAACUCCUCCACCAACUAAACCACCAACUCCUCGUCCAACUACACCUCCAAAACCGUGUCCACCUAAUGCAGAGUACAUAGAUUGUGGUCCAGCUUGUAUCCCUACAUGCAUGGAACCUUCCACCAACUGUUCUGGCUCCUGCAUCAGUGGAUGCUUCUGCAAACCUGGAUUUGUCUUCAAGGGACGAAAGUGUGUUCCUCUGGAUAAAUGUGGCUGCUUGGAUGAUGACAAGAACUAUUAUGAGCCUGGUGAGCUAGUAUCAGGAGAUGGAUGUUCAAAGUUGUGUCGCUGUUUGGGGAACUACACUUUUGAAUGUGUUGAUAACUCCUGUGAUCCAACUGAAGAGUGUCGAGAGGUUGAUGGGGUUUCUAGCUGCUAUCCUAAAGGUACAUCAACAUGCAUAGCAUCUGGAGAUCCUCACUACACAACCUUCGACAAACGCAAAUACAACUUCAUGGGCAACUGCAGCUAUCUGAUGUCUUCACCUUGCAACACCACAAGUCUGCCGUACUUUGAGGUCCAUGCAGACAACGAACACCGAUACAACAGGCCCACCAUCUCCUAUGUCAAGGCUGUACAUGUAUAUGUGUACAAGAUGAAGAUCUCCAUUCUCAAAGGUGGAACUGUGCAGGUGAAUGGGACCAAUGUAAACCUUCCAGUGAGUCCAUCCCCUGGUGUCUCUGUCUUCAAGUCAGGAAUACAUUACACCGUGUCCACAAACUUUGGCUUAACUGUUCGCUAUGAUGGAAACCACUUCAUGGACAUCAAAGUGAUCAAGGACUAUGAGGACAAACUGUGUGGACUGUGUGGAGAUUACAAUGGAAACACUAAAGACGACUUCCGUAAACCAGAUGGAUCCUUGACAAGCAAUCCAAAUGACUUUGGUCACAGCUGGAACAUUGAUCCACAGUGUAAUCAGAAACCUAACACCACCAUUCCUGGAUGUGAUCAAGAAGAGGAGGAACUUUAUGAGAGCUCUGGAUACUGUGGCAUCCUGCUGGAUAAAAACGGCCCCUUCGCUGCAUGCCACCCCAAAGUCAACCCAAACAAUUACUUCAGGGACUGUGUGUUUGACUUGUGUGAACUGGAUGGAGCCAGACCCAUUCUGUGUGAAGCUAUUGAGGCCUAUGUCACUGAGUGCCAGGACCGUGGAGUCGCCAUUGGAGCCUGGAGGAAUGAAACUUUUUGUCCAUUGAACUGCAGCAGUAACAGCCACUAUGAGCCCUGUGCUGACCCCUGUCAGGAGACGUGCUCUGGAAAACCUUCCUCCUGUGGCGGACCGUGUUCUGAGGCGUGUGUGUGUGAUCCUGGUUAUGUGCUAAGUGCUGGCAAGUGUGUCCCAAGUAAUACCUGUGGCUGCAAUCACACAAAUGGCCAGUAUUAUGAGCCUGGAGAGGAGUUCUAUGUGGACGACUGUCAACUGAAGUGCAAGUGUAAUGCUCCAUUUGUUUCCUGUGUGGCGUCAGAGUGUCCCCCGAUGCACGAGUGCAAAGUGCAUGGAGAGUUGGGCUGCUAUCCUAGUACAUCAACAUGCAUAGCAUCUGGAGAUCCUCACUACACAACAUUCGACAAACGCAAAUACAACUUCAUGGGCAACUGCAGCUAUCUGAUGUCUUCACCUUGCAACACCACAAGUCUGCCGUACUUUGAGGUCCAUGCAGACAACGAACACCGAUACAACAGGCCCACCAUCUCCUAUGUCAAGGCUGUACAUGUAUAUGUGUACAAGAUGAAGAUCUCCAUUCUCAAAGGUGGAACUGUGCAGGUGAAUGGGACCAAUGUAAACCUUCCAGUGAGUCCAUCCCCUGGUGUCUCUGUCUUCAAGUCAGGAAUACAUUACACCGUGUCCACAAACUUUGGCUUAACUGUUCGCUAUGAUGGAAACCACUUCAUGGACAUCAAAGUGAUCAAGGACUAUGAGGACAAACUGUGUGGACUGUGUGGAGAUUACAAUGGAAACACUAAAGACGACUUCCGUAAACCAGAUGGAUCCUUGACAAGCAAUCCAAAUGACUUUGGUCACAGCUGGAACAUUGAUCCACAGUGUAAUCAGAAACCUAACACCACCAUUCCUGGAUGUGAUCAAGAAGAGGAGGAACUUUAUGAGAGCUCUGGAUACUGUGGCAUCCUGCUGGAUAAAAACGGCCCCUUCGCUGCAUGCCACCCCAAAGUCAACCCAAACAAUUACUUCAGGGACUGUGUGUUUGACUUGUGUGAACUGGAUGGAGCCAGACCCAUUCUGUGUGAAGCUAUUGAGGCCUAUGUCACUGAGUGCCAGGACCGUGGAGUCGCCAUUGGAGCCUGGAGGAAUGAAACUUUUUGUCCACUGAACUGCAGCAGUAACAGCCACUAUGAGCCCUGUGCUGACCCCUGUCAGGAGACGUGCUCUGGAAAACCUUCCUCCUGUGGCGGACCGUGUUCUGAGGCGUGUGUGUGUGAUCCUGGUUAUGUGCUAAGUGCUGGCAAGUGUGUCCCAAGUAAUACCUGUGGCUGCAAUCACACAAAUGGCCAGUAUUAUGAGCCUGGAGAGGAGUUCUAUGUGGACGACUGUCAACUGAAGUGCAAGUGUAAUGCUCCAUUUGUUUCCUGUGUGGCGUCAGAGUGUCCCCCGAUGCACGAGUGCAAAGUGCAGGAUGGAGAGUUGGGCUGCUAUCCUAAACCAACUCCUCCACCAACUAAACCACCAACUCCUCGUCCAACUACACCUCCAAAACCGUGUCCACCUAAUGCAGAGUACAUAGAUUGUGGUCCAGCUUGUAUCCCUACAUGCAUGGAACCUUCCACCAACUGUUCUGGCUCCUGCAUCAGUGGAUGCUUCUGCAAACCUGGAUUUGUCUUCAAGGGACGAAAGUGUGUUCCUCUGGAUAAAUGUGGCUGCUUGGAUGAUGACAAGAACUAUUAUGAGCCUGGUGAGCUAGUAUCAGGAGAUGGAUGUUCAAAGUUGUGUCGCUGUUUGGGGAACUACACUUUUGAAUGUGUUGAUAACUCCUGUGAUCCAACUGAAGAGUGUCGAGAGGUUGAUGGGGUUUCUAGCUGCUAUCCUAAAGGUACAUCAACAUGCAUAGCAUCUGGAGAUCCUCACUACACAACAUUCGACAAACGCAAAUACAACUUCAUGGGCAACUGCAGCUAUCUGAUGUCUUCACCUUGCAACACCACAAGUCUGCCGUACUUUGAGGUCCAUGCAGACAACGAACACCGAUACAACAGGCCCACCAUCUCCUAUGUCAAGGCUGUACAUGUAUAUGUGUACAAGAUGAAGAUCUCCAUUCUCAAAGGUGGAACUGUGCAGGUGAAUGGGACCAAUGUAAACCUUCCAGUGAGUCCAUCCCCUGGUGUCUCUGUCUUCAAGUCAGGAAUACAUUACACCGUGUCCACAAACUUUGGCUUAACUGUUCGCUAUGAUGGAAACCACUUCAUGGACAUCAAAGUGAUCAAGGACUAUGAGGACAAACUGUGUGGACUGUGUGGAGAUUACAAUGGAAACACUAAAGACGACUUCCGUAAACCAGAUGGAUCCUUGACAAGCAAUCCAAAUGACUUUGGUCACAGCUGGAACAUUGAUCCACAGUGUAAUCAGAAACCUAACACCACCAUUCCUGGAUGUGAUCAAGAAGAGGAGGAACUUUAUGAGAGCUCUGGAUACUGUGGCAUCCUGCUGGAUAAAAACGGCCCCUUCGCUGCAUGCCACCCCAAAGUCAACCCAAACAAUUACUUCAGGGACUGUGUGUUUGACUUGUGUGAACUGGAUGGAGCCAGACCCAUUCUGUGUGAAGCUAUUGAGGCCUAUGUCACUGAGUGCCAGGACCGUGGAGUCGCCAUUGGAGCCUGGAGGAAUGAAACUUUUUGUCCAUUGAAAUGCCCCCCUAACAGCCACUAUGAGCCCUGUGCUGACCCCUGUCAGGAGACGUGCUCUGGAAAACCUUCCUCCUGUGGCGGACCGUGUUCUGAGGCGUGUGUGUGUGAUCCUGGUUAUGUGCUAAGUGCUGGCAAGUGUGUCCCAAGUAAUACCUGUGGCUGCAAUCACACAAAUGGCCAGUAUUAUGAGCCUGGAGAGGAGUUCUAUGUGGACGACUGUCAACUGAAGUGCAAGUGUAAUGCUCCAUUUGUUUCCUGUGUGGCGUCAGAGUGUCCCCCGAUGCACGAGUGCAAAGUGCAGGAUGGAGAGUUGGGCUGCUAUCCCACCGGCUCACAGGACUGCGUGGUUUCUGGGGAUCCCCAUUACAACACGUUUGACAAGAAGUUCUACAGCUUUAUGGGAACCUGCACUUACACACUGGCCAGGACGUGCAAGAACAACACAGGUCCUUGGUUCUCUGUGGAGGCAAAGAAUGAGGAGCGUGGAGGACCAGGCCUGUCCUACCUGAGGAAACUCUACAUCACUGUGAAUGGAAUCACCGUCACCCUGAUGAAGUCCAGGAGAACUCUGGUGAACGGUGUGCGCGUGGCUCUCCCACACUCCCCCUCUCCUCUCAUGUCAAUCAGUCUUGCCGGUCAGUACGUCACCUUGGAGACGACCUUUGGUCUCCGGGUUCGUUGGGAUGGAAAUCAUUACGCCCAGAUCUCAGUACCAAGCUCCUACUACGACCAGAUGUGUGGUCUCUGUGGCGACUACGAUGGGAACCCAAACAAUGACUUCGCUAAACCAGACGGCUCCCUGGGAGAAAACGUCAAUGACUUUGGAAACAGCUGGCAGACGAAAGAGGACGAGGAUGAGAGAUGCACCCAAGGCUCAAAGCCGGAUCCAGACUGUGACCCCAGCCUGGAGGCUGAAUUGGUGAAACCAGACAAAUGUGGCAAAAUAACAGAUCCUGCUGGACCCUUCAGGGACUGCAUCGCUGUUGUAGAUCCCACUUCGUUCUUCAGAAGUUGUGUUUAUGACAUGUGCCAGUUCAACGGCCAGCAGCAUGUGCUGUGUGACCAGCUGCAAGCUUACACUGAUGCAUGCCAGAGUGCUGGAGCCACGGUGCACCAGUGGAGAACUCCAGACUUCUGCCCCCUGGCCUGUCCCCCUAACAGCUCAUACUCCCUGUGUGUGAGCUCCUGUCCUGAAACUUGUCUGGGUGCGGCCGGCCCGCCUGGCUGUGAGGACGUGUGUGUGGAGGGCUGUGAGUGUAACCCAGGCUUCAUCCUCAGCGAUGACAGAUGUGUUGCGUUGAAAGACUGUGGCUGUCUGGACGCCAGUGGGACUUACUAUCCUGUUGGAGAGGACUGGUACUUGGAGGGUUGUGAGCAGAAGUGUGAGUGUCAGGAAGGAGGUUUGCUCCAAUGUUAUAACACCAGCUGCAGACCCGGCACUGAGAGCUGCCAGCUGCACGACGGACGGUAUGAAUGCCGACCUCUAGGAAAUGGUAUCUGUUCAGUGUCUGGAGAUCCUCACUACACCACCUUUGAUAAGAAAACCCACAAUUACAUGGGUGCUUGCUCCUACACACUAACCAAGCCCUGCAAUGAGUCCUCCGGGUUACCGUACUUCACCGUGGACACCAUGAAUGAGCACAGAGGGAGUAACAAGAAGAUCUCCUACGUCCGAGCUGUGGUCAUCAACGUGAACGACGUGACUUUCAUCCUUGGCAAAGGCCGCAAAGUCCAGGUCAACGGGACUUUAGUUGUUCCACCCAUUACCUCCAUCAGUGGGGUUCAGAUCUACCUGAGUGGAAAGUUUGUCGUUCUGGAAACAUCGUUUGGGCUGAGGGUUCGGUUCGAUGGGAAUCACCACGCAGACGUCUCCGUUCCAACUUCUUACAACGGCCUUCUUUGUGGCAUGUGUGGAAAUUUUAACGGUGAGCCCAAAGACGACAACUUGAAACCAGACAAUACAGCAGCUUCUAACACCAACGACCUGGGAGACAGCUGGCAGGUGCCUGACCCACGGCCUGACUGCACUAACGGUGGAGGAGAGGAGGACUGUGAUGAAAAUGUGGAGGAAGAGGCCCAGAAGCCCACCAGCUGUGGAAUGAUCACUGAUCCCAAUGGAAUCUUUAAGCCCUGCCACUCUGUGGUCCCUCCUGAAUCCUUCUUUGAGAACUGUGUGUAUGACCUGUGUGCCACCGGCGGCCAGACGGUGGCGCUGUGCCAGGCCAUAGAGAGCUACGCUGACAUGUGCGCAGCUGCAGGAGUCCCCAUCCACUGGAGAGACAACACCUUCUGUCCUCUGAAGUGCCCGGCCGGCAGUCAUUAUGAGCCGUGUGCCUCCGCCUGCCCUCAGCCCAGCUGCCAGGACCCUGCAGGGCCCGGGGGCUCCUGCAGCCACCCCUGUGUGGAGGGCUGUGUGUGUAACGAGGGCCUGGUCCUCAGCGGAGACAAGUGUGUCCCACUCAGUGAGUGUGGAUGUACAGAUGAAGAUGGGAAAUACAGACCGGUUGGAGACGCCUGGUUCACUGAGACUGACUGUUCGGAGCGCUGUAAGUGUAACGGGAAUCACAACGUCACUUGUGAGCCGUGGCGGUGCAGUCCGGCGCAGGAGUGCAAGGUGGUGGAGGGAGUUCUGGGCUGUCACUCUACAGGUAAAGGAGUGUGUCAUGUAGCCGGAGAUCCACACUAUUACACUUUCGACGGUGUGAUGCACACGUUCAUGGGAACCUGCACAUACACACUGGUGGAGGUGUGCAACAGCAGCAUGGUAACUCCCUUCAAAGUGGUGGCUAAAAACGAGGAGCGUGGUCAACCGGAGGCCUCCUACGUCCGCUACGUCAAGAUCUACCUGCCUCACGACACCGUGGUUGAGCUCCAGAAGGGCCGCAGAGUUCUGCUGAAUGGGCGGCGUGUGCGGACCCCACUCACCGUAGAUGCACCUGGAGCCAAGGUGAUAACCAGCGGAUCCUACCUCCUUCUGGACACAAACUUUGGCCUCCAGGUGAAGUUUGAUGGAGUCCAUCACCUGGAAAUCACCAUACCUGGAGAAUACUUCAACAAGGUGUGCGGCAUGUGUGGGAACUACAACCACAACAGCUCUGAUGAUAACCUGAUGCCUGAUAAGAGACCGGCCAAGGACGUGAUUGAACUGGGCAACAGCUGGAAAUCGGAAGGAGACAGUGAUCCUGGCUGUCAGCCGGACACGCGUCCCGACAUCCACCCCAACUGCACCACAGAAGAAGAGGAUCUGUAUUCGUCUCAGUGUGCUGCGGUCAUCAUGUCUGACCGCUUCAAGCCCUGCCACGCUCUAGUGCCCCCCGAGGUCUUCCUUGAUAACUGCAUCUACGACAUGUGCGAGUACGACGGCAUGCAGACGACGCUGUGUGACAACGUGGAGGCGUACGCCCAGGCCUGCCAGAGCGCCGGCGUCACCAUCAGCUGGAGGAACAACACUUUCUGUCCGCUGCCCUGUCCCACAAACAGCCACUACUCAGACUGUACCCCGCCCUGCCCUCCCACCUGCUCUGACCUCUUCCCCAUAUUCUGCCACCUUCCACCAACCACCUGCGUGGAAGGCUGUCAGUGCAACGCCGGAUACGUCCUCAGUGAUGACAAGUGUGUUCCUCUGGAUAAAUGUGGCUGCGUGGACUCGGACGGAGAGUACCAUGACGUGGGAGACUCAUGGCUGACAGAUAAAUGUUCAGAGUCGUGUACGUGUAACCUUGGUGGUGGGAUCACAUGUAAAAGCCACAGCUGUAACUCAAACUCAGUGUGUGCCCUGGACAAAAACGGAGACCUCUACUGCCAGCCCAGCAAGUUUGACCGGUGCAGCAUCACCGGAGACCCUCACCACAAGACUUUCGAUGGCUUCAACCAUCACUUCCAAGGAGCUCACACCUACAUCCUGACUCGGAGCCACAAUCUCCUGGAUUCCCAGGUUCCCCUGCUGGUGAGAGGGAAGAACCUCAGGCGAGGUGGGAACAAGAAGAUCUCCCUCCUGGAUCAGAUGUAUGUUGACGUCUACGGCGUCAACGUUCGUUUCCUGCAGAAGAAGGUUAUCCUGGUGAACGGAGAGCGUGUCACACCUCCUCUCAGUCCGGUCAGGGGCUUGACGAUCACAAUGAACUCCAAGGAAGUCCAGCUUUCCACAGACUUUGGACUCACAGUACGCUUUGACGGCAACAUCCGUGGAGAAAUUGAGCUCCCCAGCACAUACAGGCACUCUGUCAGAGGACUGUGUGGAAACUAUGAUGGCAUCACCAGAAACGAGUACAUGAAACCCGAUGGCACAGUGGUCAGGAGUUUGAAUGAGUUUGGAGAAAGCUGGAGAACCAACGACCGAGUUGGUGAUGGGCUGGAGAGCUCUGAUGUUCAGACGGCCGUUCAUGUCCACAGGCGAGAGGUGGAGACGGACCCAGAUUCAGGAUUUGAGACGUCUGACUGCUCCACGUCUCAACUCAGCGACUACAACAGCGUGAAAAAGUGCGGAGCCCUGUCAGACCCCGAGGGGCCGUUUGAGGCCUGCCAUGACACUGUGGAGCCCCGACCCUACCAGGAUGACUGUGUGUUUGACCUGUGUGCUGAGGCGGGCAGCGAGGAGCUGCGCUGCGGCAGCUACGAGGCGUACGCCACCGCCUGUCAGGAGGCUGGAGUGAAACUGGGAGCCUGGAGGCAGAAACUGAACUGCGCCCUGACUUGUGGUGCCAACAGCUCCUACUCCCAGUGCAUGACGGCGUGUCCAUCGUCCUGCGCCGACCUGGCAGCACCCUCUGAAUGUGACAUCACGUCCUGUGUGGAAGGGUGCCAGUGUGCCUCUGGUUUCGUCAUGAGCGAGGGGAUCUGUGUGCCGUACCCAAAGUGUGGCUGCACCUUCCUCAACAGAUACUACCCUCUGAAUGAGAAGUUUGUCACUGAAGAUUGCUCCCAGUCGUGCGACUGUACCAGCAGAGGAGCCGUGUGCCAACCCAAGAGCUGCCAGGAGGGUUAUCUCUGCACCAUCUUUGACUUAAAGCGAGACUGCUUCAAAGCAAGUCCCUGCCUCAGUUAUCCCUGUCUGAACGGAGGAACAUGUGUGGCAGCCAACAACAACACAUACACAUGUACAUGUCAAGAAGGCUUCCAUGGCGACAACUGUGAGAGGGAGGUUACUGAGGCUCCAGGAGGGCUGGCAACCAAGUGGAUAAUCCUAAUUGCCGUCUUGGUCUCGGCUGUCGUCGUCGCCAUUGUGAUUACCAUUGUGUGUGUGUGCAUACGGAAAAACAAGAAAAACAUUUCUGAUGACGGAAGCAUCAGCUUGAAAUCAACAAGUUAUUCAUACAAACAGAUGGAUGAUGAGAGGAAAGACAAACUGACCAACAUGUGAUGACGGCUCACAUGUCAACUUCUGCUCUGCUCUUCUUCUUUAUGUGACAAACUAACACGUUUUAACUUAUAUUUUUGAAGAAACCUUUUUUGUGUGAAAUGUUAAUGUUUUGUUAAUGAACUUGUUCUUUUUAAAAUGUCUGUAAUUUGUGAAUAAAUAUGCCUUUGU